AUGUCGCUGCAGAGAACGGACAAAGCCAAGAACUCCAACCACUCCUUGGUGCUGCUCAGCUUCAUUCCUUCAGCUGGCGCCCGUCCUAUCCUUCCUGCCACCCGCUGGCCUCCGAUCCAACCACGACGCUCAUUCGAAACCCCAAAAAUUCUAUUCAGCUCGGAACAACUGACCCAACUCAAACUAUCUGCCCUUCAUUUAUAA